AUGGCCUAUGAUGUUCAUACAAACAUCCGUAUUGGUGGUCAUUAUGGAAGAUUAAAUUCAUCACCAAUUGAUGAUCAACAACGAUUAUUGCGUGACAAUAUACAAUCAAAUGAUAUACAAUCACGUUUAGCUGAUACAAUGACUGAAAUUGAAUGGCUAUUAAAUCAAUUGGUCAAUUUACUUACCGAUAUGGUUGAUGGUAUUGAAAAUGAUCAUACAUUAUUACAGGAUAAAAAUUUUCGUCAAAUACUUAUACAAGUAAUUAAACGUAUUGAUUAUAUAUUACAACAUUUUGAAAAUGUUGAUCCAUCAUUAUUAACAAUGAAUGUACAAAAUGAAUUAAAUCGUAUUGAAUGUAUACGUAUACGUUUAGCCAAUUAUCUAAGUCAAUCAAGACGUUUUGAUGAUUCAAAAUGUUAUCCAUCAACAGAGAAACCGUCGUCAUCAUCAUCAUCAUCGAAUAAUGACGAAAUUAUGCCGCUAUUAACACAAAUUGUUUCACUUUUAGUACAAAUAUCACAACAAUUGUAUCAUAUUGAAAAAGAUAUUCAUGGUUCUCAAAUAGGUGGUAUGGGUUAUGUUGAUCCAUCAUCAACGACAACCAGAAUGAUGACAUCAUCGGAUGGAUCAUUAGCAACAAUGACAACGGCAGCAAAUUAUCAACGAUCAACAAUAGCUGAAAUUGAUUGGGAUCGUUUAUUUAAUCAAACAUCGGCAACAACAACAAGGCCUGGUACAAUAUUCGAUUUUGACCAAGCUAUUAAUGGUGAUAAUAACCAGUCAACAAUGACAACAGCGGAUUGGUCAAAUUUAAUAUCACAAAUAAUGAAUGGAAUGUCCACAACAACAACUAUGUCCAGUGUGGAAACAUCAUCAUCAACAACAACAAUGGGAACAAUGAUGACAACCAAUUGGGAGGAUAUGAUGAACCAAAUGAUACGUGAAUUUAAUCAACAACAACAGCAGAUGAUGGUGAAUGUACCGACAAACAAUGUCAACAACAACAAUCAUCGACCAGAUAACAUCGAUAUUAAUGUUGAAGAAUGUAUUAGUAACAUAUUAGCUAUAAUCGAUACUAUACAAAAUCAAACAACUACUACUACUACUACAACUAUUGUUUCGAUUAUUUAAAACAGGAAUAAAUUCCCAUAAUAAAUAUAUAUGGCCAGCCAGAACUGGACAUUGGGUGGAACAUUGAUGGACACACCUUUAUAACAAAUAAAUAAAUAAAUAAACCUGAUCGAAAACUAAUAUAAAAUGGGCGAAACAUCAUCAUCAUCAUCAACAUUGAAUCGAUCUUUCGAGA